GGAGGGGGAGGGGGCUGCCAGCGAGGAUGGGCUAUAAGAGAAGGCAGCAAAGAGGAGCUAGCCGAGAGGGGUGGGCGUGACAGGCUGUGCUAGCAAAGCGAGCGGUGGAGCUGAGAGGCGUGGAGGGCACCCGAGGGGCACGGCGGCUUCCUUCUGACCCUUCCAUUCAUUCGUUUGCAGGCGGCUCCACACACCCCCGGGGGCCCGGCCGUGGAGGCGGCGACGGCGGCAGCGAGAAGGCGAGACGGCUCGGUGGCCCCCGGGUGAUGCAGCGCCCAGAGGGGUCCCUCGCCUGGAGCUGACCCCCCCGCCCCUCAGCCUUUGCCAAAGACUCUCUUUCCUUCCGCAGACCUCCCCCCCCCAAUCCGUCCAUCCCGCCAGCUGCCCGACCGGAGGCCCCCGAGAGGCACGGCGAAGGUGCCACAACCACUCUUGUCAAUUUGCCAGGCGGCUGCUUCUUCCGAGACCGAGUUAAAAGGGGGGGGCGUGGACCAGGGGAAAGAGCUUGCCGGCAGCCAGAGAGGCUCGCCCACCUACCGGACAAGUGGCCGAUCCUUUUUGCGCCAGGCGAUGAAAAAAUAACCCGGCUCGGGCUGAGCGUCUGGGGAGAUUCUCGAGGAGCGGCUGGAGACGUGGCAGCGGCAACAUGGUCCAACAGAGGAACGUGAGGAACCGGGGCGCGGAAGCCAAGAGGGAGGUGUGUCCCAAAGACACCUUGCUCCUGAAGGAUGCCAAAGGUGAGCCAGGCUGGUGCAAGACUCCCAGCGGUCACAUCAAGCGCCCCAUGAACGCCUUCAUGGUGUGGUCCCAGAACGAGAGGCGGAAGAUCAUGGACCAGUGGCCGGACAUGCACAACGCGGAGAUCUCGAAGCGCCUGGGCAGGCGUUGGCAGCUCUUGCAGGACUCCGAGAAGAUCCCCUUUGUCAAGGAGGCGGAGCGCCUGCGCCUGAAGCACAUGGCCGACUACCCCGACUACAAGUACCGGCCCAGGAAGAAAGGCAAGAUGGGGAGCCCCAAGUCCCGCCCGAGAGUCCCCGUGAAGAUCAAGCCUUCUGUCCUGGGCCGGGUGGCUUCCACCAGAAGGCAACCUGCCAAGCAAGACGCGGACGACGGUGGCCAGGUGGGACCGGAGAUGGACGACAACCCCCUCGAAGCACGGCUCUUGGAGACCUCCUUUGACGACAGUCCCAAAAGUCCCAGCAAGACGUUCUGGCACGUGCUGCCAGCAACGGGUGAGAAAGGCGGGUGGGGGGCCAGCGCCAGCGAGCUGAAAGACCCCGAAACGGCUGCCUUGACCAAACCGUUCUUGGAACAGGCGAGGUCCUCCGAGAUCCCCUCCCCGGCAUCGACCAGGUCCCCACCCUCUUCCUUCGCCUCUUCGGACGAAGAGUUGGAAGACGAGCUCUUGAAUUUCUUGCCCGGCCGAGCCCAGCCAAACACGCCCUGCGGGACCCCGGACUGGUCCGUCUUCGACAAAGACCUUGACCUCUACCCCUUGGGGACCACGUCUCACUUUGAGUUCCCGGAUUAUUGCACCCCAGAGGUGACUGAGAUGAUAGCAGGGGACUGGCUGAUGUCCAGCAUCUCGGACUUGGUCUUUACAUACUGAGUCCCCCGCCAGGUAACUCUCUCACUUCUCUGCAAUCAGGUUGUUUAUCAAAAAAAACAAAAAAAGGAAAAGAAAACCCAGCUGUUUACAUGCAGGAAUCAGGUAUCUCCAUUUUCUUGCCUUGGCUGCAUUCAAAGGCAAGCUUUCCAUCAGCCCAUCCCCCACCCGGCACACACCCACUCGGCUUGCAUUUGCCGGCACGGCUGGCUCGGCUCGGGGUGGCGGGGCUGGGAUCCUCAUUGCCUCUCGCCCCUCGCGAGCCACGGAGAGCUCCUGGCUUGCCUUGUCGCAGUGUUUAUUUACCCAUGAAAUUUGACUGUCUAAUCAGGUUUUUCAUUGUGACCCUCUCCUCCAGACCCCCCCCCCCCCGACACUCCCCCUCCUCCUGCUUGCGGCAGCUGCUUCUCAGCUCUGCCGCCAUCCGUGGCUGAGGACCUCCCCUUCCAUCUCGGCUGGCACCCCACCUCGUUCCUCUUCUCUCUUCCAGUGCCCCCCUUUCCCUCUCCAUUUGGUCCUGGGCUCCACACCUUCCGGUUCAGGGGACCCCCUCGGAUUUCUGCCGCCGCUUCUUUCGGCUUUGAUUUUUUUUUUUGCUGCCAUUUCGACGCUUGUCUUGGGUUUCCCCCACCCUCCCUUCUGUUCCACUUGAAAUGGCUCCCGGGUAAAAAAGAUUUCCAGUUGGAUCUCAUCAGGUUGGUAGACACGCAGGACCCUGUCGCUGUCCGCCGGUCUGUGGCGCCCGGUUGGGGUUGGUCCGGGUGGCGCCCGGUUGGGGUUGGUUGGUGGCGCCCGGUUCGGGUUGGUCUUCCGGAUGAGAUUUUCAUGUCGCGAACGCACGAAAGUGCCUUCCCGAACUGGGGAGGGAUAAAAAUUCAGCUUGGGGGAACCGGAGGAUGGGCACACGUGGUACGCACGUGGAUCCGAGGCAGACGCAGUCCCUGCACGCCUAGGAGCUUUGCCCCCUCCCCCCAAAAAAGAAUCCUUUUUCUCCCAGAGGUGUGCCACGGGCAGUAGAAAAACCUCAAGGUUCCUCCCUCUUGCAUGUCACUUCAGAAGCAGACGAUCGCAGAAUCAUCAGCAUGUUUGCUGCCACUCCCUGAGCUGCCAUGUUCUGGCUUCUCUGGGAACCGGGCACCCUCCUCUUCCUGGCAAAGGGCUACAGCUAGGUUUGGCAGACGCAGAGAGGGCUCGGUGUCUCUGGGAAGGGGCGACGUGUCUUUCAGGUCCACCUGGGGGGAAAAAAACCCUGGGUACUCCCAUCCUCUUUACGGGACUGUGACUUUCCUUGAAGGUCAAAUCCAGCCGCCCUGCUUCCUGCCAAGAGCUGUUUGGCAGUGGCUUCCUGCCAGAGAGGCUGUUGCCAGAGGAAGGGCACGCCACCAAAGCUCGCCAGCCUGUCGGCUCAGGUUUCCCCCUGCCAGACAGCCACCGGUUCCUUUCCAUCUCCACCCUGGAAAUGGAGGCAAACCCAGCAGCGUGCCACGGCGCGCAGAUCGCUAAAGCUCGGCGUGCCGGUGCUGAAGGGAAAGGCUAGGAGUCGGCACUGACCGUGAAAAGCAGCGCAGCCGGUCCACGGAGCCAGAGGACCACCUUUGCCGUUGCUCCUGUUGGAGGCAGCAGUGGGAUCAGCAGGGAUGCUGAGCAGAGCCAGGUGAGAAGCCCUUGCCGGAAACGGAGCUUUCCUCGCCCAGCUUAGAGAGCCCUUGGCCAUGCUGGCAGGGGCUGAUGGGAAUUGUAGUCCAUGAGCAUCUGGAGAGCCGCAGGCUGCAGACUCCCGACCUACCCCGAUGCAGAGCCAGUUAAUUUAUCUAGGUCCUUCCUCCCCGCAAAGCGAAUCAAGAGUCCGGUGGCUCUCCGUGGGUGGCGGUGACGCGCUGUCAAGUUGCUUCUGGCUUAUGGAGACCCAGUGGCUGAACGCCCUCGCCGAGGCGGCCCGGGCUAGCCCAGACUUAUCUCGGGAGCUAAGCAGGGGUCAGUCCCUGUUGGCGUUUGGUCGGGAGACUCCUCGCUGAGGAAAUCGGUCUGCAGAGAGACAGGUGGUGCCCAGGUGCCUCUGAAUGUCUCUUGCGUUCAAAACCCCACCGGGUCGCUAUAAAGUCAGCUGCGAUUUGACAUAGCCUCGCGCCACCGCGUGAACGAACGACCCCCAGAACAGCUCACGGCUUUCCAGCCUUGCUGAGGUCUCCCGGAAGGGGCACUGGAGAGAUUUACAAACCGUACCACAGCAGGAGCGUUUCCUUCCCUUCAUCAGAUGCGUCGGGUUGCAUGUGGGCACGGGCAUCUGAUAAAGCGAGCUUUGACCUACGGAAGCGGGAGCAGGAAUCAGUCUUUACCUUGCCACUGGACUCUUGACUUCUUUUGCAGCCACACGCUAACGUGGCAACCCAUCCAGAAUUAACCCCACCCCUACCACAGCAACCUUAGGAAUUGCAGUUGUGUGAGGAUGAGGAUUCCCUUUAAGAUCUGCUCGUACCCCUUUGCAGAAUUAUACUCUCCCCGUACGCACGGGAGCCAGCACAGUUCCACGACUUAAAACCGAGUCGUGUAGACAAGCCGUUCAGAAACACACAGCCUUUAUUUUCUGGAUGGUGCGGUCAACUUCACCUUUCCCAAAUAUGGGGCAUGCUCU